AUGGCACAGGAGAUGGUCAGAGACAGGGGACAUGGCACAGAAGAUGGACUUCUGAUCGUCCUCAUCCUCCCGGUAUCAUCAUCAGGAAUCAUGUACGUGCAGACCGGGUCAGACAUCAGUGACUGUAAUAUGAAAUGUCCAAACUCCAAUGGUGUCCUAGAGCUGUACAGACAAUGUGGAGGAAGAACAGAACCGCUACUGGACCUUCACUGUAACACUCUGUACACCAAACCCAGCAAGCCCAGAUACUCUCUGGAUACACAGAGCGGCUGCUGGAAGGUGACACGGGCCGGGAAGACGGACUCCUGUGUGUAUAAUACAGAGUUCAACAGCAACCCAACAAGACAACUUUCCUCCACAGACAUCCGUAUACUGGAUCCGGUUCUCAUCUCCAACAUGACCAGUAACGGGAGCCGGCUGGGUCAGGACAUCGCUGUGAGCGUCCAGUACUCUGGAGAAGAGAGCGCUGUGACCUGGGAGGUGGACGGGGAGCCUCUUCCUGAGAGAUACCGGCUGAUAGAUGACAAUAGGACGCUGAUUGUCCCCAGUGUGCAGAGAGACGACGCCGAGAGGACAUUCCGGGUCAGGAUCACAAACCCGGUCAGUGAGGAGACCCGGGACCACCGGCUGAUCAAUGACACAAUGUUCAUCCGAAUGCUGGAAACAGAAGCUGUUACGUCUGAUUCUUCUCGGAGACACCGGGGAGCGUUCGGUGGUGCUGGGGCUGUCGCAGUAAUAUUGAUAUUCCUCAUUAUGUAUUGGGCCCUGCGGUGUCCUGCCAGCCAGCCAAUUGGAGCUCUGCAGUCUUCCUACCAGCUAACGUUUAACCUUUUAGAUUGUCUCCUGUGUCUCCUGAUCACAUCCGUGUCAUCCGGACCGGUGUAUGUACGGAGCGGAGCGGACAUCACGGGAUGUGAUAUGACGUGUCCUCAGGAUGAUGUUACUCUGGAGCUCUCCGAUCUUCUGUUUUCUUUUAAACCCAUUUUGCUUCUUUUCUGCAUAUUAAUCAUAACAAAAAUUGUGGUUGGGAUUUGUUGUCGCUAUGAAAGUUCUGUCCACAUUUCUGAUGUGUCUCCUCUCCCAGGUCUCCUGUGUCUCCUGAUCACAUCCGUGUCAUCCGGACCGGUGUAUGUGCGGAGCGGAGCGGACAUCACGGGAUGUGAUAUGACGUGUCCUCAGGAUGAUGUUACUCUGGAGCUGUACAGACAUUGCGGAGGGAAGGAGAAGACAUUGCUGGAACGUCACUGUUAUUACAACCACACUAUAUCACAUGACCCCAGACUUCACCUGGACACAAGGAGCGGCUGCUGGAAGCUGACACCGGCCAGGAAGGAUGAUUCCUGUGUGUAUAAGAUCUGGUGUCACUGUGAUUCACAAUAUCUAAUGUCCUCUACAGACAUCCGUGUGCUGGAUCCGAUUCUCAUCUCCAACAUAACCGGUAACGGCAGCCGGCUGGGUCAGGACAUCGCUGUGAGCGUCCAGUACUCUGGAGAAGAGAGCGCUGUGACCUGGGAGGUGGACAGGGAGCCUCUUCCUGAGAGAUACCGGCUGAUAGAUGACAAUAGGACGCUGAUUGUCCCCAGUGUGCAGAGAGACGACGCCGAGAGGACAUUCCGGGUCAGGAUCACAAACCCGGUCAGUGAGGAGACCCGGGAGCACCGGCUGGAGAUCAGAGGUAAGAGGGGCAAUUACUGGGGUAAUAAUCUGAUCUGUAUAGAAGAAGGAUCAUAAUGUGACACAGAAUAGUAACAUUGUAUCUCUUCUCUGCUCUUCUAAU